CCCUCACCAGACUCACUCGCACCCAUAACCUCACCCACCACAUCUCCUUCUCGCUUCUCCGCAGAACAACCUCAACCGCUAAACUCGUCGGAAUCCCAAAAGCCGCGGCGGCGCCGGAAAAUAUCAACUUCUCCGGCGAAAAGAAACCCUCUGUCAAAAUCAACCACAACUUCCUCGCCGUAAAACCGCAAGCAAAAAACAACAGGGUGAAGCUAGCGGCCAUCUUCGGCCUCUGGUAUUUCCAAAAUGUAAUCUUUUACAUAUACACCAAAAAAGCUCUCACCUUUUUCCCGUAUCCAUGGCUUCUAGCUUCGUUUCAGCUCCUCAUGAGCUCUCUCUGGAUGGCCGCACUGUGGGCUACAAGACUUCAUCGUCUUCCCCCCGUUAACCGCGAGUUCUUUCUCGCACUUCUCGGCCCUGCUUUCUUCCACGCCGUCGGCCACAUCUCCGCCAUGAUCUCCUUCUCCAAACUCACCGUCUCCUUCACUCAAGUCAUCAAGGCUUCUGAACCAGUCUUCUCUGUUAUCUUCUCCGCCCUCCAUGGCCACUUCUACCCCAUUCACAUUUGGCUCUCAGUCAUCCCAAUCGUCGCAGGGUGCUCCCUCGCUGCUGCAACGGAAGUAUCCUUGAAUGCCGCCGGGCUAUGGAGCGCGCUCAUAAGCAACAUUGGUUUCGUUUUGAGAAAUAUCUACUCGAAGCAGAGCUUCAAUGAGUUUAAACAUGUCGAUGGGAUCAAUCUCAACGGCUGGAUCUGUGUUGCCUCUCUGUUUUUUGUUUUCCCUGUUGCUUUUGUUGUGGAGGGGAGUCAAUGGGUGCAGGGUUACAGGGCGGCGAUUGUGCGGGUUGGUUCGCCGGAGUUGUUCUGUGCUUGGGUUCUGCUCUCUGGUUUGUUCUAUCAUGUGUGCAACCAAGGUUUGUAUCAGGUAUGGAAUGAGGGUAGCAGGGUUAGUUUCUCUGUUGGUGAUGGGAUGAAGAGGGUGGUGGUGUUUAUUGUCUCUGUGAUUGUGUUUGGGAAUGCUGUUAGGCCUUUGAAUGCUCUGGGAUCAGCUAUGGCGAUCUUUGGGACAUUUUUGUAUUCUCAGGCUAGGGCAGUGGGGAAGAAGAGCGAGAAGAAGAGGGGGAUGAGGGCUUGUUGGUAGUUUUGGGUUAUUGGAUGGAGGAGUGCUGCAAAUUUCUCUGUUGAGGCACUUAAAUUAUAUGGAAAGUUGAAACCUUUUUUUAUAGUUAUUA